UUCCGGCCGGGCCCGCGGCCCCGAGCGCAGGCUUCCGGCGGCGGGGGUUGUGGUUGGGUGGCUGUGGCCGGCUGGCUGCUUCUGGAGGUUGCUUGGAGCAGUUCGGCCCUCCAGGGCCUGCGCUCUGCGUUGCUGAACCGUUAAACCUCGGUGCAUAGUUGUGCCCAGGCACGGGAGGCUCACCCUGAGGGCGGCAGCGCAGCGCCUUUAACAAGCUUUGCCGGCCUAGAUGGCGCGCUGAAUAUGAGGGCUGUUCGCGGGUUUCUGCGGCCCCGCUGGAAUAUUGGGCGGGGGGAUCCGCUGCACCUGCACGGCCCAGUUCAGGCUCUGUGCAGCGCUCUGCUAGUCUGUGAAAUAGAACGCGUGGUCACGCGGGGCGAACCUGCCAGGACUGGAAGGACCGUGGCGCUGACGGCGACCCUGGUUUGAGCGAGUCCCACGCAGUUUCCCUCUGCCUCGCGGUGUGCCAGGCCCUCGUUACAGACCACAGCCCAGAAAUUAAGCCACGUGCCCCAAAUCACCCCACGCCGGGAUUCGAGCCCAGGUGGAGCUCACCUAUGGUCACAGGUCUUUAAUAUCAGACGGUGGUGGCAGUUUUCAGAACAGCUACAUGAUUUUAUUAAGAUAUUAGUGGAAUACAAGGACUGCUCUUGACCUAAACGCGAGUGUCACCCUGCAGAUAAGCAUUCUGAGCAUGUGUGGGCCAAGUCCCCAGACUCCGUAGAAGCGCCUGAGUCACUGCUCAGGAGAGCGACAACCAGCAUGGAUGCUGAUGGCACCCAGCAAGCUCCUGAACAGCAGGAGUAUUCUUCUGUCUGUGUGGGCACCGAAGAGGACCUUAAGAGACGGGAGCGGAUGACAGCCGUGGUCCAUGACAGGGAGGUGGUCAUUUUCUACCACGGAGGAGAGUACCACGCCAUGGACAUCCGCUGUUACCAUUCAGGAGGGCCUUUGCACUUGGGAGAAAUAGAGAAUGCCUGCCACAGCCAGGAGUGGGCCAGGCCAAAGCCAGUAGCCAGGAACUCCAUCUGGGUCUCCCACAUGGCUGCCUGGGGUCCAAGCACUUGGGCCAUCAUUCGCUGCCGUCCCAGGUGCAUUAGCAUUGAGCUGCAUCAGCGGUGGAGCGGCCGGAACUCAGAGUGGUGCUCUGAUAUGGAAUGCUGGCAUCACAAGCAGCUAUCUUAACCCACUGCACCGCAACGCCAGCCCCAAGCUCCAUGUUUGAACGAUGCAAUCCUGGUGAAGUAAAUUCAGAUUCAGCCAUGCUGUGGAAUAUUAUGUAACCAUUAAAUCAGUGAGAUAGAUCUGUGUGUGAGUGAAAGAACCAGUCCAAGAAUAAGAGUUCUAAUGAGAUUCCAUUUUUAAGUCAAACAUGAUAUAAUUUUAUUUUGAACACAUUGCAUAAUUUUCACUUUUAUGACUAUAUAUUUACCUUUAUAAUAAAAACAUGUAAAUUAUACUUUUAAAGAAAGAAGCCACACUUUGACGUCUUACCUGAAGAAGACUGGCUAGUGGCUAAAACUAGUCAUCUGAUUUCUUACUUCUGUGGCUGGCACUGUGGUGUAGCAGGUUAAGCCUCUGCCUGAGGUGCCAGCAUCCCAUAUGGGCUCCAGUUCGAGUCCUGGCUGCUCCUCUUCUGAUCUAGCUCUCUGCUGUGGCCUGGGAAUGCAGUAGAAGAUGGCCCAAGUCCUUGGGCCCCUGCACCCGCAUGGGAGACACGAAGAAGCUCCUGGCUCCUGGCCAUUAGGGCCAUUUGGGGAGUGAACCAUCAGAUGGAAGACCUCUCUCUUUGUCUCUGUCUCUCUUUCAGUAACUCUACCUCUCAAAUAAAUAAAUGAACAAUUUUCUUGUUUCCUAUCUGACCCUGAUCUCUCUGUCUCCCUCCCUCAUAUUUUGCCCUUCCUCCUCCACCAGCCCCUCCCCUCCUCUCUCCUUCUGUCUGACUUGGAGGUAGAAGCUUGAAGUCAGCAUUUCAUUCUCUCUACACUUGGCAUCCACUCGGUCCCACACCUGUGCUUCUGUUGAAGGACACAUGUGUGUUUAAAUUAUGAAAAUGUCAAAGUGUGCAGAACCGGCAGUCCAUAACGAGAGCUGUAAGCCCGUGCUACUCAAAGUGGUGUCCCUAGAUCAGCCUUGGGGGCACGGGGAGCUUCUCAGACUGGCAGAUCUGGACAUACAUACACACACACACACACAUACACACACACACACGCGCGCGCACACACACACACCACCAUUUCGUAAGAUCCAAGGGAGCCUCCUGCUCUUUAAAAGUUCCAGAAGCACUUCAUUAAGACAGUUAAAAUGUGGACAGUUAACUUCUCUGGGUCACAGCUUGCAUUCCCGUUAACACGGGCACUGGUGCCUUUUGUAACCCCUUCUGAACGUGUAUCUGGAGCUCUGGCUUUUCUAGUAGCUACUGAAAACUCCCCAAGCAGCCCUUGAAGCCCUUGCCCCACUUCUGUCAAGCCAGAGACAUUGAGACAGGUCACAGCCCUGCUGCAGUCACGAGAGGCGAUUGCCAGUGUCUUCCAAGAACUCCAGCUCCCCGGCUGCCAAAGGACUGGCAGCGACUCCUCUCAGACGGAGUUCUGCUUCAUACUGAUAAUUCGUACGGAGAAGCUGCUUGCUUAACCUGCUUCUUCGACAGUGGACCCUGUCCGAGCCUGAGGUUUAUCAGCAGCAGCUGAAAUGUCAGACUCCUACAGCGUCUCUUUCUC